AUGAAAAGCCUAUCUGCAUCCAAAGAGUGUGACGGCUUUGGCGACAGAGAGAUCCGGGACAUUGCCAGUCAGAUCAUGAUGCUGGACGUGAGCGUGUCCCAGCUGUCCAAUCUGCAUCCUGCCCUGGCCACCGGAGUCACGCAGAAGCAGAGUGAGGUGAAGGACUGCUGGGCACUUCUUCAUAAAGUCUUCAGGAGCGACAGGACCAUGCUCUCUCCCACUGGUUCCACUUUCACCAGGGAAGACGCUGACCCCCUGACACCGGCAUGUGAACCCCAGGGCAAUGUGGGAACAGAGACACAAAGGAUCAUGGGAAAGGAGGUGAAGGAGGAGCAGAAUCGUCUGAAAGGCUGUGUGAGUACUGUUGAAUGUGAGAAUGGCAGGAGAGCGCUGUGCAGCCAGAGCCAGGAGCAGCCAUCAGUGAACCACACCUCUCCGCCCGUGGGAGACAGCCCCUCGUGUGCGAAUGAUGUCAUCAUCAGACAUCAACUGAAGGCGGAAAGCAGGAAGCCCAAAGCGGAGCCCAAACUCGCCGCUGCCCCUCCAGGCCACCCACAGCUCCACAUGCAGCUUCAGAAGUUCACCAUAUCUGCUGACAAGACUCUGUCCUGGCUGAAAGACAACGUGUCCAUGGCCACGCAGGUGUGUUCCAUCGCCGGCUUCGAGGGCCUGGAGGCAGCCAGGAGGUGUCAGCACACCCUGGAGCGAGACAUCCUCACCAACAGAGCCAGGAUAGAGGUGGUGAAAAGGGAGGGCCGCGGGCUGGUCCGAGCUCAGCACCCCGGCAGCGCCAGGAUCGAGGAGUUCCUCGGCCAGCUGGAAGUCCUAUGGGAAGAACUGCGGAGGAGGCACCAGAGGAACGCUGUGUUUCUGCAGGCCUCAGAGGAGCUGGGUUUUAGGGUUGUGAAAGUGCUGCAGGCCCUGGGCAGCCUGGAGGCCUGGCUGGAGUCCGUCGAACUCUCCAUGAAGGAAUCUGCACUUGCCGGUGACCCUGAAACAAUGAGCGUGGCUGAGAGGGAGAGCUGUUUGCUGGAGAAAGAGGUGGCAGCGCGCAGCCUGGAGCUCGGCGCUCUGAGGCAAGAGGUGGACCUCCUUCACGGCCACAGUCACCCGCUCACACAGUGGCUGCCAGCGCGCAUGGAUGAGGUGGAAAGAAAGUACCAUCGUGUCCAGAGCGCCCUGACCCAGCAGAGCUCAGAGCUGCAGGACACACGAAUGCUGACGGAGUUCCUGGAGCGCGUGGAGCUGGAGGAGAGCCAGGACGGUUGCCGGUACAGCCUGGGCCAG